AUGAGCAGUCAGUGCGACGACGAUUGCCGCGACCGAAGUGAAUGUAAAAGCAAGUCGCCCACCGUGCUUUCCUCGUACUGCAUAGACAGUAUACUGGGCAGAAGAAGCCCGUGCAAAGUCAGACAACUGGGAGCGCAAAGUUUGGCAGCACCCGUCAGAUCGGACCACGACCAGUCAACUGAAGUUACCUCUAAAGAGAACUCUUUCGAUUCGGACAUGCACCUGCCACCCAAGCUGCGCCGGCUCUACGGCCCUGGAGGGAAAUACCUAGACGCCGGGAGGGGGUUUCACGAGCACCUUGAGAAGGGUGAAAGGGAAAGAUUGCUGGACCAAGCCUGUGAAAGUCUCAAAAUCAGCCAGGCACCACAAGUCAGCAUCAGCCGCAGCAAGUCAUAUAGGGAAAAUGCGUCUUUCAGCCAGGCAGAUGAAGGCCAGAGCCCCGAGCACACAGCCCAGGAGCUGGUUGAACUCAGCACUCUGAAGUUUGAAGAGGAUGUUGUCAAAGAGGAGGCGUGCGGAGACGCCAGUCUGUCUCCUAAGGAUGAAGAGAGUAUGCACAACGAUGGGGAUGUAAAAGAUGGAGAGGACAGCGUGUGUCUGUCUGCCGGCAGCGACUCGGAAGAAGGCAUGCUUAAACGAAAGCAGAGAAGAUACAGGACUACCUUCACCAGCUAUCAGCUGGAGGAACUGGAGAGGGCCUUCCAGAAAACACACUACCCUGAUGUGUUCACCAGAGAGGAGCUGGCGAUGAGACUAGAUCUGACAGAAGCUCGCGUACAAGUUUGGUUUCAAAACCGAAGAGCAAAGUGGAGGAAGCGCGAAAAAGCGGGCGUCCAGGCUCACCCAACGGGCCUUCCUUUUCCCGGGUCACUGGGGGCCGCUCACCCCCUGAGUCACUACCUGGAAGGAGGGCCUUUCCCACAUCACCCUCACGCUGCUUUGGAAUCAGCAUGGACCGCCGCAGCUGCAGCCGCUGCUGCAUUCCCAGGUCUGGCCCCACCCCACAACAGCUCCGCCCUUCCACCUGCCACACCCCUCGGACUAGGAACCUUCCUAGGCACAGCAAUGUUCAGGCAUCCAGCCUUUAUCGGUCCCCAUUUUGGGAGACUCUUCUCAAGUAUGGGUCCUCUCACCAGUGCUUCCACAGCCGCAGCCCUUCUGCGCCAAACUGCACCGCCAGUGGAGAGUCCGGUGCAGCCACCGGCAACCCUCUCAGAACCUUCUUCCUCCUCAUCCUCCACGGCAGCCGACCGCAGGGCAUCUAGCAUCGCAGCUCUGCGUCUCAAAGCAAAGGAACAUUCGGCCCAGUUGACCCAGCUUAACAUUCUGCCAUCCAGCACUGCAGGGAAGGAAGUCUGCUGA